UGAAGUUAAACCAAACUUUGUUUACACUGAAACCGGUAUGGAUCCUUCCUAUAAAUUCAUAAAAGAAGAGUUUCCUACAGGAUUUAGUGAUUCUCCUUCACCACCAUACUCUUCAACUUCCUCUUACCUAUAUUCAACCUCCAUGGCCCCAAAUGAUCCCACAAUAACAUUGAGCUCUCCCCAACCAAUAGAAGGUCUCCAUGAAUCAGGGCCACCUCCAUUUCUCACAAAGACAUAUGAUUUAGUUGAAGAUUCAAGAACCAAUCAUGUCGUGUCUUGGAGCCAAACCAAUAACAGCUUCAUCGGUUUCAGAAAGGUGAAUCCAGAUCGAUGGGAAUUUGCAAGUGAAGGGUUUCUUCGAGGGAAAAAGCAUCUCCUCAAGACCAUAAGGAGAAGAAAGACAAGUAACAAUAGUCAAAUGCAACAACCUCAAUCAUCUUCUCAACAACAAUCUCUAGAUAAUUGUGGCAUAGAAGUUGGUAAGAAUGGUCUAGACGGAGAGAUGGACUGCUUAAGGCGAGACAAACAAGUGCUGAUGAUGGAGCUAGCGAAAGUGAGAAAACAACAACAAAGCACCAAAAUGUAUCUUACAUUGAUUGAAGAGAAGCUCAAGAAAACUGAAUCAAAACAACAACAAAUGAUGAGCUUCCUCGCCCGUGCAAUGCAGAAUCCGGAUUUCAUUCAGCAGCUACUUGAGCAGAAGGAGAAGAGGAAGGAGAUUGAAGACGCAAUCAGCAAGAAGAGACAAAGACCGAUCGAUCAAGGGACAAGAAAUGUGGUUACUGUGGAAGAUAAUGAUGAUGAUGGCCGUGGUGGUGGAAGUGGUUAUCGAAGGUAUGGGAACGAUGCUGGAUCCUCCUCGGUAUUUGCUGAUAUGAAACAAGAAACAUAUGGAGACAUGUCUGAAUUCGAGAUGUCGGAGUUGGACAGACUUGCUAUGCACAUUCAAGGACUUGGAGAUCAGUCCAAUAGGGAAGAUGUACUGGAUGUGGAAAAAGGAAAUGGACAAGAACAACAACAAGGAGGGUAUGAAAUGGAGAGUAACGAAUUUUAUGGUGAAGCUUUUUGGGAAGAUUUGUUAAGUGAAGGUCAAAAUUUUGAUUUUGAAGGAUAUGAAGAAAAUGUUGAUGUGCUAACUGAGCAACUUGGUUAUUUGGGUUCUACUUCACACUAAUUAGGAAGAAAUUGAAAAAAAAAAGAAGAAGAGUACUUAAGCAUUUGAAUCAACUUGUUUCCUAUUAGAUAUUUGGCUUUGUUUCAAUUAGGUGAGUCAAUAUGGACUAACUUAUUGAAUUUUUGGGUUAAAUCAUGUUGUUUCUUUUGAUGUUUUUCUUUUUCGAAAUAAAAUUGUUU